GGUGAGGGGGGGCAGAGACCCCACCCCCAAAGGCCCCCGACGCUGGCUGAGGACAAUGGUUGCCUUGGCUGGAUUGUCACAUAUGCGACGUCAUUCCUGAAAAGGCCUCAGCAGCCCCGGCUUCCUGAGAGGAGAGCAGAUCCGUGGGUGGGGAUGGAGGGCUCUCGGGGACCGGCCGGCCGCUAGCCCUGCCGGGGAGACGCCCCGAGAACCGCGGAAUCCUGUGCCCUCGAAGCUUCCGGAGGAGCCUCAUACGUCACAAGGUGGCCCAGGAGGCUUCCGUCUUCAUUCUGGCCAAGCGCGGAUGAGGAUGCCACAGGCAUGUUUAACCCACACGUGUUAGAUUGUCCAGCUGUCAUAUUUGACAAUGGGUCCGGGCUCUGUAAGGCAGGCCUGUCUGGAGAGGUUGGCCCCCGCCACGUCGUCCACUCCGUCGUGGGGCACCCCAAGUUCAAGAUGCCUUCGGCAGGGGCCAAUCAGAAGUACUUUGUGGGGGAAGAGGCCCUGCACAGGGACGAGGUCUUACGCCUGCACUACCCCAUCGAGCGAGGCCUGAUCACGGGCUGGGACGACAUGGAGAAGCUCUGGAAGCACCUGUUCGAGUGGGAGCUGGGGGUCAAAGCCAGCGACCGGCCGGUGCUCGUGACGGAGCACCUGCUGAACCCCAGGGAGGCCCGGGAGAAGAUGGCCGAGGUGAUGUUUGAGAGCUUCCACGUGCCCGCCUUCUACCUGUCGGACCAGGCCGUGCUGGCCCUCUACGCCUCGGCCUGCGUCACGGGCCUGGUGGUGGACAGUGGGGACGGGGUCACCUGCGCCGUCCCCAUCUUUGAGGGCUACUCCCUGCCCCACGCCACCACCAAGCUCUACGUGGCGGGGAGAGACAUCACGGAGCACCUCACCCGGCUGCUGCUGGCCAGCGGGAGGACCUUCCCGUGUGUGCUGGACAAAGCCCUGGUGGACGACAUCAAGGAGAAGCUCUGCUAUGUGGCCCUGGAGCCGGAGAAGGAGCUGUCGCGGAGGGCAGAGGAGGUGCUCAGGGAGUACAAGCUGCCCGACGGCAGCAUCGUCCGUAUCGGGGACCAGCUGUACCAGGCGCCCGAGGCCCUGUUCUCGCCUGAGCAGCUGGGUGUCCAAAGCCCAGGCCUCUCCAAAAUGGUCUCCAGCAGCAUCGCCAAGUGUGACGCCGACAUCCAGAAGAUGCUCUAUGGGGAGAUGGUGCUGUCCGGGGGCACCACGCUCUUCCGGGGGCUGGAUGGCCGUCUUCUGAGGGAGCUGGAGCAGGCGGCUUCCAAAGGGACCACCAUCAAGGUCACAGCGCCGCCCGACCGCUGCUUCUCCACGUGGAUUGGCGCCUCCAUUGUCACUUCCCUGAGCAGCUUCAAGCAGAUGUGGGUCACCUCUGCGGACUUCAAGGAGUUUGGGACGUCCGUGGUUCAGAGAAGGUGCUUCUGAGGGGCCCGCGCGCAGGGUGGCUGCGGUGGGGAGGAAGCUCACCGUUGGGCAACCACGGGAUGUUCAAUAAAGGACAAAA